CGCCGGCCGAGUCAUUAAUUAGCCGGACAAACCAACGCAUGCAUGGAUCAGCCCCCUCUUCUUGGGAGCGGCCCCAGAGCCGCAGCCAUUACCCGCAAUGGUUCAGCUCCCUCCUUCGUCGCAAUGCAUCAGCACGCAGCCUCUACAACAACUUCACCACCGGAAAAGGCGCCGGCGGCGACACCAUUCCGGGCCUCGGAACACUGUGGAGAGUCUAGCCACAACAGGAGAUCAUCUGACACGAUCAAGGCCAAGAUCAUGUCCCACCCUCUCUAUCCGGCUCUCCUCGGAGCCUUUAUUGACUGCCGGAAAGUCGGAGCGCCGCCGGAAGUCGUUGGUCGGCUCUCCUCCCUCGUCGACGAGCUCCGGCCAAAUUCAGCCGGCAUCCAGGAACAGCCGGCGGACCCAGAGCUCGACCAGUUCAUGGAGACCUACCGUGAUAUGCUGGUGAUGUACAGUCAGGAGCUCACGAGGCAAAUCCAAGAAGCCAAUCAGUUCUUGAGGAGCGCCGAGGCCCAUAUCGACUCGUUUGCACUAGCAACUGGCGACAACAACGGCGAGUGCGGGGGUUCUUCUUCUGAAGAUGAGCAGGAGACCUGCGACGUCGCCGGCCUGCCUUCCGGCAAGGGCAAGCAGCUGAAGAGCCAGCCCCUGGACAAGUACAGCGGCUACCUGAGAGGCCUCUGGAGGGAACUCUCCGGGAAGAAGAAGAAGAAGAAGAGCGGGAGGCUGCCGAGGGAGGCGCGCCAGAGGCUCCUGUACUGGUGGCAGCUGCACCAGGGAUGGCCCUACCCAUCGGAACCGGAGAAGCAGGCGUUGGCUGAGUCGACGGGGCUCGACACGAGGCAGAUCAACAACUGGUUCAUCAACCAGAGGAAGCGGCACUGGAGGCAGGCGCCGCCGGCGACGGCGAUGGACAGCAGGUUGCAGCACAUCAGCGCCGGUGCUUCCGGCAGCAGCUCUCCCGCUAUCCUUCGGAUGGAAGGCCAGCACUUCACCGGACGGAGUUGGUAUCCCGACGGUGGUCCGUUGAGACCCUGAUCAGUGGACAUAUACCAUCGUAUGCCAUAUAUACACACACGUCCAGACGUGCAUGCGAUAGAUUUGAUUCAUCGCAGAGUGAAGUUCAUGAUGGAGCGUAAAUGUGAUCAACUCAACAAUAAUUUUUCCAACCAUCGACUAUAGUUAAAUAAUGCACUUUAGCUACAUUUCAGUCAGCUGAAAUUUCACUUUUGGAUCAGUCAAUUUUGUGGCCGUGGGAUUUUUCUUUAAGGUUUGUGCUGCGUUUUUUCCCUGACCUGUGUUGCUUGUUGUGUGGGCUUCUUUCUUUUUUUUGACUGACCCCUUACUUGGGUCAGUCGAUUUCCUUCUGGGCCAAAGC